UCCUAGAAGUCCUUUCAAACAUGUUCAUAUUGGGUAGUGACAGAUUAAAGCCAGUGACUGGGAGAGUGAUGCCCUCGUCGGGACCCUGUGUGAGGCCGUUAACCUCAGAGUCAUGUCAUCGUCGGGACCCUGUUAGGCCGUUAACCUCAGCAACUCCUGGGACACUCAACUUCUUGUCUCAUCCUCACUUGUAUGCAGAUUUGGACAAAAGCGUAUUCUCUAUACAUGCCAUGUAAAUUGCCUUGGCCUUUUGUGGCGAGAGGAUGGACAAUUCUUUACUUAUUAAAACAGCUUCAACGCGUCUUCUGAAAAGUUCUAGGGAUUUCAAUACAUCAGAUGUGGAGCGAUUGGGGACUCGAGUAGAUACAUAUUUGGUGUAAUACCACGAUUAUCUGCAAGAUGGCGAUCGAGUUCUAAAAACGCAGACAAUGAGGGAAAGCUGAACAGCGCGUUUCGGGUGGAUUACGUGAUUGCUCAUAACUAGAGUCUCAGCCUUCGGACAAAACUCCUUGUAUUAACAUUAUUAUAAUAUAGGACCGCAAUGAAUUUCCUUUUCAGCUUGAAAAGGUCAAAGGGGCUAUUUUUUAACAAUGCAGUUCAUUUUAAUAAACAAUGAACCUGUAUUGUGCAUUAUAAGUCUUUUAUCGUUAUUGUUGUUGGGGUUUUGGUGGGCUGGAAAAGAUUGCCAGCCAGUGAACUGUUACUUCUUAAGUGUUUUUUGGACUGUGUUGGAAGAAGCAAAAAAAGACAACUGAAGAUAUCCGACAAUUGAUUGUUAACGGCACGGGAUGGGCGUUUCACGCGCACCGCCACCCUGACAUCACGAUCAGCUUCGCUGUAUGGGACCAGGGUACCUCCUCCACUCCGAGCAGACGGCAUUUAAACUCUGGCACAUUCUCAUUUAGCGUGACAAGCAGAGGCGGAUUAAAGGGGGUUAACGAAAAAAGAAAAGGCUUACAGGACAAGAAUUAGCAGAGGACGCCACGUACCGGAGUCAGUGCUCAAUGAAUAUCUCGCAGACAUCCAACUCCUCGCGCAUGCUGCGGAGAAGUCACAGACUUCAUUGAUUAUUUUAAAUAACCGCGUUAAGCUGUAUUUGCCAUUCGAAUAGCAGCAAAAAUCUAUAUUUCCGUUCGGUGGUUUGCCGACAUGAGUAGGAUGAGAAGGAUGGAAGUUGGGAUGGAGGCGCCGCAGCACGCUCUUGCCGGCAGGAUGAGGCGCUCCGAAGGCUCUCCGCUGAGACGCGUAGAAUGAAGGUGUCCGCGACACGCCAAGCGCAGACAUGUCCGUGCCUUUGCUCAAGAUUGGGGUUGUGCUUAGCACCAUGGCUAUGAUCACAAACUGGAUGUCCCAGACGCUGCCCUCCUUGGUGGGGUUAAACACCACCAAGCUGAUGGCGGCACCAGGAGGGAUCCCAGAUCGUAGUAUCGGAGUCCUGCCGACUAACCCCGAGGAGUCGUGGCAGGUGUACAGCUCAGCUCAGGACAGCGAGGGCCGCUGUAUCUGCACCGUGGUGGCCCCACAGCAGGCGAUGUGCUCGCGAGACGCCAGGACCAAACAGCUGCGGCAGCUGCUGGAGAAAGUGCAGAACAUGACACAAUCCAUCCAGGUUCUGGACAAGCGGACACAGAGGGAUCUGCAGUAUGUAGAGAAGAUGGAGAUCCAGUUGCGUGGCUUGGAGACCAAAUUCCAGCAGGUAGAAGAGAGCCACCGGCAGAACAUUGCCAAGCAAUACAAGGCAAUAAAAGCGAAAAUGGAGGAACUUAGGCCAUUGAUACCAGUGUUGGAGGAGUACAAGGCCGAUGCAAAAUUGGUAUUACAGUUUAAGGAGGAAGUCCAGAAUCUGACGUCAGUUCUAAACCAACUUCAGGAAGAAAUGGGAGCCUAUGACUACAAGGAGCUACAGAACAGAGUGUCAAAUCUCGAGGACAGGCUCCGAGCAUGCAUGCAAAAAUUAGCUUGUGGGAAGUUAACAGGAAUAAGCGAACCUAUUACAAUUAAAACAUCUGGAUCGAGGUUCGGCUCCUGGAUGACCGAUCCCAUGGCACCUGAAGGAGAUACCAGGGUGUGGUACAUGGAUGGCUACCACAACAACCGCUUUGUGCGGGAAUACAGGUCCUUUCAAGACUUUAUGACAGGCGAUAAUUUCACUUCCCAUCGCCUCCCUCAUCCCUGGUCUGGUACAGGCCAGGUGGUCUACAAUGGCUCCAUCUACUUCAACAAGUUCCAAAGUCAUAUCAUUAUCAAGUUUGACUUCAAGACCUCCAUGAUGAGCAAGUCCCGCCCCCUGGAAUAUGCCGGUUUCAAUAACAUGUACCACUACGCGUGGGGCGGCCACUCAGAUAUCGACUUAAUGGUGGACGAGGGAGGCUUGUGGGCUGUGUAUGCGACCAAUCAGAAUGCUGGGAACAUCGUCAUCAGCAAGUUGAACCCCAACACGCUACAGAUUAUUAAAAGCUGGAGCACCGAUCACCCAAAGAGGAGCGCUGGGGAGGCCUUCAUGAUCUGUGGGACACUGUACGUCACCAAUGGAUACGCCGGGGGGACCAAAGUCUACUAUGCCUUCAACACAAACUCCUCCACCUAUGAGUAUAUUGACAUAGCUUUACAGAACAAAUACUCCCACCUCUCAAUGCUGGACUACAAUCCCAGGGACAGGGCCCUGUAUGCAUGGAACAAUGGGCAUCAGGUACUCUAUAACGUCACUCUGUACCACGUCAUCCGCUCCGAGGAGCUGUAAGAGCAGAUGUCAGAUGCGGUGGCAGCUGACGCUUAUAGUGGAUGACUGCCAUGAUGAAGAAACCAAGAAAAUAUCUGUUUGCAAAAAAAAACAAAAAAAAAGAUGUGUUAAAGGGACUGUCGCUAGAAGGUCGGAUAUACAAUAUACCAUUUUUGAAAACAAAUUCAACCACAUGAGGAACUGGUGGUGAAAUUGGUAUCUGGCAUUUGCUCAAAAGAAAACCUUGAUAAUGAAUGGAAAUCGGUAUACAGAUUAGCGGAGAACCAUGUGAACUGUAUAAGCAGAACCAAGGUUCAUAGGACUGCUGAAUCUGUACAUCAGUACCGAAUCCAUUCAUAUCAUUUAUAACAAUAAAACGAAGAAAAAAAGAAAAUUAUGAUGGAAAUGGCCCGUCUAAGAUGCUUGUUUAGUGGUUGUAGUAUGGAUUUAUGGAUUUAUGGAUUUUUUCUUAUUGCAUGGGAAAUUUAUAUCAUCAUAACUCUGUUGUUCUUAAUAUUUCUGCUGUAUGAUGCGGUUAAGCUGCAGGGGUUAGUUUCAGGGCCAGUGGGACUAACAUAUAUGAACAUGGUCAUUCUGAGUUUUUUUAUAUAAUACCGACAUAACCAUCUGCACAGGGAAUUAAUGAUGCAUCCUAUCUAUGUUCAGUCAGAUUAUGCAGAAAGGCCCUGUUUGGGUCAUACAUCCAUUCAGCCUUCAGGAAUGGGGACUUCACAAGACUUUUCUGUAGAAUAGUAAUCUACCUUUCCAUAUCUCCAUAAAGAUCUGCAUCUCCAUUUGUAUUUGGAAAUGUCUUGAGUGAAAUGGAGUAAUUCAGUUCAGGUUCUGAAUGCACCUUUUCAAGUUAUAUUGAAUUCAAUCUAUCUGCUGGAAAUAGGCAUUUUUUAAUGCAUAAAUUAUACACACUGAUAUUGAACUCCAUAUUCAUCUAAUCGGUUUUGUUAAAUUUCAAUACAAGCAAUCGUAUUGUUUUUGGAUAUGUGUGGACUAUGUGUAGUCUUCACUGAGUAGUGGAUUUUGUAAUUUAACAAUAUCCUUUAUUAAUUAUCCCAUAAUUUUCUGUUAUGCAUGUUAUCUGCACUGGAAGAAUUAUACAAGGUAUUACUGUCUGCCAAACAUAUUUAUUCUUGGGAAGUACGUGUGACACAUUAUCCAAGGCUGACUCUAGCUUAAAUUCCCUUACACACAUAAGCUAAAUCCCAAUUUAAAUUAUUUAAAUUUCUUUAAAAUUUUGUUUAAUACGUACACAUGCUGCACCAAAGCAGUUCAGAAAUUUAAACGCUUAAUAAAUAUUAAUAAUGCAAUUAACUUAUUCAGGACCUUACUGGCCCUGCAUGAUCUAAUGCCAUUACAAAUCAGAGCAGGCAUGUUGAGCCUCUCAAUAAUUCAUAGAAAAUUAAACUAUGGAUUUAAGUAUAAUACUUCUGUUACACGAAAAUAGCCUUGCAUUUUUGUUCCCAAAAUCAAUAUAUUUGGCACAUCAUAUUAAAAAACAUCUUUCUUGGACAUCCAGUAGAUAGAAGAAUAAUUUUGCCAAAAGCGACAAGAUUCAGGGACAGUAACUUUACGUUUUGCAUUUACAUCGGCAAGUUUAUGUCAUCCUUCAUGAACAUUGCCUUAUUUCAAAAAGAUUUACGGCAAAAUUGUACUUGUUUGAUGACAUCUGUAUUGUUCAUUUUAAAGUGAAGGGGCAUUCAGAGUUUCUCUCAAAACUGAUCAUUUGUCCAUAGUAGGAACAAUUAUUCAUUAAUUUGUGCAUCGGAACAGAUUACAAUGAAGAUUUGUCUACUAGUCUGUCUGCAGCAGUAUUGUGUACAUUCUCUGUUAACGACAUUUAAUCUCAUUGGGCAUAAUGACUGACCAAUAACACAGUGUACAUAUAUUCAUCACACAUAUACACUGCAUUUGGAUAUACAUUGCAUCAAACACCUUUUGAAUAAUUAAAGAAUAUGAAAAUGUACUGUUAUAACCAGGUGGUCUUAAACGUUUGUUUCAAUAUCCAGCAUAUCAGUCUAAGUAGCAUCUAAUACCUUUAAUUUAAUUGUCAGUCAUACUGUAGAUAAUGUCUUAUCGAGAGCAUAACUGCCAAAUGAUGGGAAUUAUACUCGUUAUGUACAUUCCUUUAGUUCCAAGAUACGGCUACUUAAUACAACAAAGCUAUUUUAGUUCUAAAAUAUGUAAAUACCAUAAUGCUUCAGAAGGCACAAGAGUAUGAAAACAGUAAUGAAAGUAUUUGCAAUAAUGUGCAAAUAUCCAUGCAUAUUUUUUCACAGACUGUUAUGCGUGUGAUUUUUGUUAUUUACUGCUUAGUCUUGGUUAGACAUUGAUCUUUAUCUGUCAAGAUGGAAGGGUUGCAUUGUUCUGGUUUGGUAAUUACCUAGAAAUAUCGAGACUUUCCUAUCAAAGUACUAUUAGUUCUGUAACUAACUGGUUUUAGACUUGAUGGGCAGAAAAGUAGCCCAGCAAUGUAAAUAGUUCAUACUUUACAUUAUAUGUAAGCUGUUUUAAUUACUGUGCAUCAUAUCACAACUGGGUGACACAAAUUAUUCUUUCUAUAAUUUGAAAAAUAAUCAAGUGAAUUUGAAAAUAUGGAAAAAGGUCCAUGGCUCAUGUUGACAAAUGACUUUCAAUGUAAUUAAAUGGGUUUCAUGGACUCCAAAACAGUAUUCUGUAUUAUUCCAGGCAGUUCAGCUUUCUCACGGAUUUAUUGGAGCAGAUGUCAUCCAAAUUUACAUAUAUCUCUACAUUUUAAAACUAUUUUUGCUUGGUAUUAGUGUUGAAAAGUAGUGUUGUUAAAUGUCUGUAAUUAUUAGAAAUACAAUAGAACAUCCGGGUAGCAUGGCUUAGAAAAAUAUAGAUUUUUUUGUUUAUUUAAUAUAUGUUACUUUUAUGUAGUUAUUUUUAUUGGUUUAUUGCACUGAAUUUGAGAAACAAUAAACGUAAAUAUAUGCACUAUAAA